ACACAGGACACACCCACAAUUAAAGAUGGCCUCCAGGUGGCGGGUGUGGAGCGGAGAGGCACAUGUUGAUUCUUAUCCUAAGGAGGUGGAGAAGGAGCGGGCAGUACAGGAGAGACUCAAGUUCAUUCCAGUGGAUCAUUCUCACUCGUGGGAGGAGUUCCAUGAGUUUAUUAAGAAUAGAACACACUCUUUAUCUCCUUACCUUAACGAACUGAUUAAUAAAGACAAAAGUGUUGCAUCUUCUAGCGGGUUGGGUCGGGCUCAGUUGUUGACAUGUUAUGUUGAUCGUCCGGCAAAGAGACCGGGAGGACUGGCUCAACCCAGGGAGCAUACAACAACUGAUGAUGAUGGCUAGUCCACCAGUGUUGUUACAGUCCAGUCAGUAGUGAAUGUGAAUUGGUCCAGUGCUAGUUAAAGACUGAUAUCACUCUUGUGUAGGGGAAUGUCCUCCAGUGGUAUAUGGCACAACAUCACAUUACUCAAUAGUGCUUGUUGACAGUCCUAACUAGCCAUGAUUUAUCAGACCUUACUGUAUUGAGAAUCUGCUGUGUCCUUCACUACCCCUCUCUCUCUCUCUCUCUCUCUCUCUCUCUCACUCACUCUCUUUUGUGUGAUACUAUUUUGGGAUUGAAGUAUCGCAUUACGAUUAACUAUUCAUUUUUAUUUCUCCCAAUUUUUUAGACACUUUGUACUUUCAUAUUACCACAGAAUUAUCAUUUCUCACCUUCUCAUUAAUUAAAUUAUUAAUUAAUGUUAAUUAACCGCAAUAACUAUUAAUAACUACCCUGCACUGUAUAAAAGGAUUCUGUUUUUGGAGUCUAGGGACAUUGUUUAGCAAACUCUUCUCUGGUUUUAGAAAACUGCAACAAGAAGUAGCCAAACUUUAGGCUCUCUCCUCAUCUUUCUUCUCCUUUGUUAUCAAUAACAUGCCCAGUAUGAGUUCUGAACAAAACUACUCUACCAGCAGUCCGGCCGGUCAGACCAGCAGCAUAGCUCCACUAGGGACCGCAGGCUCUCCUCCAACUGCUGAAGGAUCAGCGACCAGUGUCUGCGAGAAAGAGUUUAGGGAGGCGCUAGAGAAGACACUCCAGAUGAGUAAGAGUGGUACUGGUAAGACCCCGGAGCCGGUGGCUACUGUCCCUGCUCGAGCUAUCAAGCUAAACCCCUCGUACACUGAGGAAUCUGCAGACGACAAGAUGGCUAAUGUGAAGCCUCCGUACUCUUACGUAGCUCUCAUAUCAAUGGCCAUACAGAGCUGCAAUGAGAAGAGACUGACGCUCAACGGUAUCUAUGACUUUAUCACAAAGAACUUUCCAUACUACAGGAACAGGGAGAACCAAGGCUGGAGGAACUCCAUAAGGCACAACCUCUCACUGCACGAGUGCUUCAUGAAACUGCCAGCAAAAGGAGGCAAGAAUGGGAAGAGCCACUACUGGGUCCUUGACCCCAACCAUGAGGUGAUGUUUGAAGAAGGGAACUAUCGGAGGAGGAGAAGGCGUCCAGUCAAGAAGGUAACGUUUCCUCCUUCACAAACCUACGGUCGGUUCCCCUACUAUCCUUAUCCUGACUAUGGACUCACUCGGAGUCUCAAUCCAGCAACUGCAGUAGCUACCACUGGCUGGCCUUCACCGGGACCAAUGGACCACAGUGCUGCUGGUAUGUUCCACUCACCAUACUCUGCACUACCUACCUUUAAUGUCAAUGGUAACAACAACACUUGCAGCGGUCUCAAUGCCAUUGGUAGCAUGGGGACUAGUUCUUUGUCCCAUCAAACCUUCCAGCCAUCAAGUUAUUCUGCUCAGUUCAGCAUAUACUCUCCUCGUACAAUGCAGGAGCCAAGAGGAGGUGCCAUUGGUACUAACAUGUCCCUCAUUACCCCUUACCCUCCUCCUAGUCUUCCUCACAACUCGUACCAUUAUACCAGUAACCAGUUGUCCGGUGACACCACUCCACCUACGGUCACUGGUGUCCCUGGGGCCACUGUUAAGGCUAGCUACGUCCCUCCAGUCACUCAAAGCAGCCACUUACCGUCUUCACCUCAGGACAUAUGGAAUCCUCUUUAAUAAUGAACACACACACACACCACAGAGUGACUUACUGACACUGUACUAUAUUAUAAUUAUAAUUAUUAUUAUUUUACUUUUAUUAGUUUCGACAGGUUUGUAUUAUAUUAUUAAUAAUUUUUAAUUCAAAAUAUUUCCUUUAAUUGAGA